AUGGACGAUGACUUCGGACACCUGGACGAUGUCAAGUCGGCGCAGAGCAGCAACGAGGAAGCUACAAACGGGGACAAGCACGAGGAGCUGAAUGAGCCUUCGCAGGUGAAGGCGACGCUGGGGCAAGGUGAGGAGCCGCAGCAGUCGGAUGUGAUCUUCUACGUCCAGACGGCGUGGAGUGCGUUCGUGUCUGCUCUCGCGGCCGAUGACGUGGCAUCAGCCUCGUCUAGCCUGUUCGGUCCCGACGUCGUGACGCUCAUGGCUCCUGGUGCUGACAGCAUGACUCUUGAGACAGAACAGGAGAAGACAAACCUGCUCAAUGAAUUUAAGGCAUCGCACCUUUCACUCUCGGUGAUGGUUGAGGAAGUAGCAGUGCUAAAAGGAAGUGAGUCCACGCAGAGAUCGGAAUCAUCGACUAUCAGUGCACUCGUCAGAUCUACAUACAGCAUCGCAAAUGCACAAGGCAUAGACGUGGAGCACGGAAAGAGAGUGGAACUAUGGCGGGCAAGUGCUACCAAUGGGCGAGAGUGGCACUUGUCAUGGUCCAUGUGGAAUGGUGAUGGCCGUGUGCUUACAAGGGAGGAGGCCAUGGCUGCAUACGAAAACGAUAAGUUUGUUCCACACGACAACAACCAAGUAUUUUCUAAUCUGUAG